ACCCAGUCGCCCACAGGGCGGGGUUUCGUGGUGUCCGAGUGGGUCCGGUGAGAACAUGGCUGCUCGCUGCACCGAGACCAUGCUAGCCGCCCUGGGGGUGCUCAGUGUCUAUGCGGCCAGUAGCCCCGAAUCCCAGGCUUCGGGGAAGACGGGUAGGGAGGCAGAGUGGGAGGAGCCUUGGGACGGCACGGUUUUCCGGCCGCCGGCUGCGCUAGGCGCAGUGGGGGUGGCGCACGGGCCGGAGUCCUCGCCGCCAGGGAACGCGGAAACGGCGGACCUACCGGUGCUGCUAUGGUGGAGCCCAGGUCUGUUUCCGCACUUCCCAGGCGACUCGGAGCGCAUUGAAUGUGGCCAUGGCGCGUGCGUGGCGUCCCGGGACCGACGGGCGCGCGCCGACCCGCGGACGCGCGCGUUGCUCUUUUACGGCACCGACUUUCGGGCGGCUGACGCGCCCCUACCGCGCCUAGCGCACCAGAGCUGGGCGCUCCUGCACGAGGAGUCGCCGCUCAACAACUUCCUGCUGAGCCACGGCCCGGGCAUCCGCCUCUUCAACCUCACGGCCACCUUCAGCCGGCACUCGGACUACCCACUGCCGCUGCAAUGGCUGCCCGGAGCCUUCUAUUUGCGCCGCCCUGCGCCUCCGCUGCGGGAGCGCGCCGAGUGGCGGCGCCGCGGUUACGCGCCGUUGCUCUACUUGCAGUCCCACUGCGACGUGCCCGCAGACCGGGACCGCUACGUACGGGAGCUCAUGCGCUACAUCUCGGUGGAUUCCUAUGGUAAGUGCCUGCAGAACCGCGAGCUGCCCACCGAACGGUUACAGGACACAGCCACGGCCACCACCGAGGAUCCAGAACUCUUGGCCUUUUUGUCCCGCUAUAAGUUUCAUUUGGCCCUGGAAAAUGCCAUUUGCAAUGAUUACAUGACAGAAAAACUGUGGCGCCCCAUGCAUCUGGGUGCUGUGCCUGUUUAUCGUGGAUCACCUUCUGUGAGGGACUGGAUGCCCAAUAACCACUCCAUCAUCUUAAUCGAUGACUUUGAGUCCCCUCAAAAGCUAGCAGAGUUUAUUGACUUUCUGGACAAGAAUGAUGAAGAGUAUAUGAAAUACCUGGCAUACAAGCAACCUGGGGGCAUCACCAACCAGUUUCUUCUGGACAAUCUCGAGUACAGGGAGUGGGGAGUGAAUGAUCCCAUGUUGCCUAACUACCUCAAUGGCUUUGAGUGUUUCGUCUGUGACCAUGAACUGGCUCGGCUGAAUGCCGAGAAAGCGCAUGCAUCCUCCCCUGGGGACAUUCCUUUCCCUGAGCCUCACAUUGCCCAGACCUCACACAUGAACUGUCCAGUGCCUACUCCUGGCUUUGGCAAAGUCGAAGAGAUUCCUGAGAAUGACAGCUGGAAGGAAAUGUGGCUACAAGAUUAUUGGCAAGGUCUCUAUCAGGGGGAAGCUCUCACCACCAUGAUCCACAACAACGAAACCCAGCAGAGGAAAUUUUGGGACUAUGUACAUCAGAUCUUCAUGAAAAGGAAUAAAAAUCUCUAAUUUCCCUUACACAGUAGCCUUUAGCUUGGAAGACUUAAGGAGAUGGCUUUACCAUUGCACCUAAGGCAUAUCCACUGCCCUCCUUUAGUGGAUGUUGUCUACUCUGGAGUGAUUCUGCUCUGCACCGGGGAUGGAGUGUUAGGCAAGUACUCCCACCUCUCUACCCGAAGGGAAUGGAGCCAGUAUCUCAGCUGUAGUAAGAGAGCUUCUUAAAGAGAGACAGAAGCCAGAAGCAGCCAUUUCACUCAAGCACACUUCUCAUAGCUGUAGCCAUUUCAUCAUUUCAGAUAUGGGCAGGAUGGGUCAGGUUAUGAACUACAGCUUCCAUUAUUUAGUAUCUGUAAAUAGUGUUCAUUCCUCAUUUUACUUUUCUUAUCAGUUAUAAUACUGGUGAAGAAGCAAAGCGGGGGUGGGGUAGGGCAGGUUAUUCUGCUUCUCUGCUUCUCUUUCUUUUGAGAUUGGUCUCACUGCAAGGCCCAGGCCAGCCUCCAGCUCCUGGGCCUAACUGACCAUACUUCCCCAGCUUUUAAGUAGCUGGGGCUACAGGUGUACAGCACUAUGCCCAGCCCUGUACCCUUACUGUAUUGAGCUUGUAAUCCUACCCCUAGGGGAGACAGAGGCAGGCAGAGCUCUGAGUUCAAGGCCAGCAUGGUCUACAAAGCGAGACUGGGACAGCCAAAGCUACACAGAGAAACCUUGUUUCAAAAAAACAAAAAACAAACAACAAAAAAAACCCUUGCAUUAUCUUUAAUAUUCAAAUGUCUUUUAUUUUAAAUAGCUCUUUUUUGCUUGCUAUCUCCUGUAGAUGUUGGGAAGAUGGACAAACAUUUCCAUCAUUCUUACUGCUUGGUUUUCUUAUUUAGGGUAUGUUUGGAAUUCCUUCUCUCAUGAACAGAUUAAUUAGCUAAUAUGACACUGAUGUCAGUUCAGUGUAUUGCAAUAUUCUAGGGCUGGAUAGCUCUAUUCAAUUCAUUACUCAUAUUCUCUUACAUUCUUCCAGGCAACUGUAUGGUGCUGAGUCACUGGUUUUUGUGAUCCUGGGAAGGCAAGUUCUCUACCAGUUGAGUUAUAGCUGACCUUAAUACUGAGAUUUUUUUUUUUUCAUUAAAGCUAGCCCCAAACCCCCAAUUCAAACAAAUUGAAGAAGGCAAAGGAUUUAAAUCACCAUUAAGUGGCUAGCUAAAUGAAAACUUUAGGUUUGGGGCUGGUGAGAUGGCUGCACUGUUAAGAGCAUGGCUGCUCUUCCAGAGGGCACCCAUCCACAUAGCAGCUGACAACUAAAUCAAAUUCUAGGGGGGAUUUGAUCACUCUUGUGGCCUCCAUAGGCACCAGGCAGAAAUGUGCUGCACAGACAUACAUGUAGGUAAAACAGCACCCAUAUAUGUAUACAACAACCACAACCAUAGUUUUGGAGAUGCAAACCAGCUGCAUGCUGCUGUAGAUUGACCAGGACACAGGAGCUUUUGCUGGGGGAUAUAGGAAAGAACACCAUGGACCUUAGACCUAUGCUUAUUGUAUUAGUUAAUUUUCAUUUGAAAAGUCAGCUUAUCAGCAUAUCUGACUAAGCUACAGAUAGCUGUGAAUCUAUAUAUAGAUAUGCAUGCAGUGUUAGAUGCUGUAAGCAGCCAGGCUUCAUAGUGACAUAUAAGGAUGUGACCAAGAACAGCUUUAACAUACAUGGAAGUAGAUUGCUACAGUUUUUGUUUUUGUUUUCCCAUCGGGUGUGUUUUGCUGGAGAUGGAUCUCAAGCCCUGUGCGUGCUAAGCAUUUGCUCAGGCUCUGCCUCUGAGUUAUAUCCCCAGACCUUUAUUUUGUUCUUUAGUAAAAAAUGCCUUCAUAGUAGCAUGGAGAUUGUUUAACCUGUUUUGUUUCUUGCAGAAAAGAGAGAAAGAUGUUUAAAAAACACCUUAGAAAGGUGGGUCCAUGAGUGCUAGGCUGGCUUGGGCUACAAUAGCACGACUGUCUCAAGAGAAGAAAAAGCAUAAAAUUUUAUAGUAUAGAUGGGCAUGGUUGCGCACUUUUAGUUUCGGCCUUCCAGCACUUUGGGAGGCAGAGGCAGGUAGAGCUCUGUGAGUCUGAACAUCAUAGUAUUCCAGACCAGCCAGAGCUAUAUGGUGAGACACCCUGUUUCAAUAAACAAACAAAAACAAAUACCAUAGUCCAAAAGAGUCCUAGAAGAUCCUGUUUCCGAGGGUAUCGUCCAUUUCAGUGCAGGUGACGAUACCUAUAGCAGAGUAACCACUACGAAGUGCAAGCCUAGGUCAGAGCUCAGAUGUCAUCCGUGCAGUGAGAAACGUGAUGGUUACACAGGAUGUAAGGGUCCUCUCCAAUUCACCAGCUCACUCCUUUAGCACUUUUAUUCACAAAGUGAGCUGGCUGUUCAUGAAUGGUUCUUGUUGGACAGUCAGGCUUCCGGGUUUCCUCAGUGCUUCCCAGACACUGUUUUAUCCCUAUCAUUAUGUAAACAAUCAAAAGACCAGGACAAAUCGGGUGCUUCAUUUCCACAAGGGAAAGAGCUGUGAAUAACCACAGAGUAUUUACCAAAGAAAAAGCUUUACUUUCCAUACGGAAAAAGCAGAGUGAAAUUUUUCCGGUUUGGGGCUCAGCUGCAGUGUAUCCAGCAGCAAGUAUUUACUGCAGGUUCUGGAGAGAAGUUUCUGAUAGUCUUUUAUUUACUACCAGAGUGGAAGGUAGAACACAAGGCUGAUGGCAAGUGUUACUAUUUUUUUUUCCAGUUUCAUCUUAUAUAAUAAACCUUGUUUUUUUUUUUU